CCCGACUCCCGUCCGGCCCCGACGCGACGCGACCGCGCUUUCCUCCUCUCCCCGUCCCCCCGAUCCUCCCUCCCAUCCCAACCCCCCCUGCCUCCCUCACCUCGCCUAUAGAUACCCAGCUCCCCUUCUCCUCCUCGCCUCCGCUACCCGACCCACCACCACCACCAUCGCCAGCCACCACUACCCUCUCUCCCCCUGCCUCCGACCGCCACCUGCCGAUCCCCUGCCGUCCCAUGCCGCAGCGCGCAGCGGCUGCACUGACACACCAGUGAGCGAGCGAGCGAGCAGAGCGAGGCGAGGCCUGAUGCGGCAUCGGCAGCAAGGCGAGGAGCACCAGGAGCUGUUCGUCCAGUGGAGGCCCUGCGACAAGAAAAGGUCUUAGACCCGCCGCCCGCCGCCGCCGCCGCGCGCACCAGUCCACCUUUUUCGGAUCUAGUACGUACGUCGUCCGUAAAGGCCGGCGCCGUCUUUUUCCGCCGAUUCCACCGGCCGCCGCCGGAGCCCCGGAAGAAAGAAGAUGAGCGCGUCCGUGGGCCGGACCCGGGUGGGGCGGUACGAGCUCGGCCGGACCCUCGGCGAAGGCACCUUCGCCAAGGUCAAGUUCGCCAGGAACGUCGAGACCGGCGAGAAUGUCGCCAUCAAGAUCCUCGACAAGGAGAAGGUCCUCAAGCACAAGAUGAUCGCCCAGAUAAAGCGAGAGAUCUCGACCAUGAAGCUCAUCAGGCACCCCAACGUCAUCCGGAUGUACGAGGUGAUGGCCAGCAAGACAAAGAUAUACAUAGUCAUGGAGCUUGUCACCGGUGGCGAACUUUUCGACAAAAUCGCUUCUCGUGGAAGGUUGAAAGAGGAUGAUGCAAGGAAGUAUUUCCAGCAGCUGAUCAACGCUGUCGAUUACUGCCAUAGCAGAGGCGUCUACCACCGUGAUCUCAAGCCUGAAAAUCUUCUGCUUGAUGCUAGUGGCACACUCAAGGUUUCAGAUUUUGGAUUGAGUGCACUAUCUCAGCAAGUCCGAGAGGAUGGUCUGCUGCAUACAACAUGUGGAACUCCCAAUUAUGUUGCUCCCGAGGUUAUAAACAAUAAAGGGUAUGAUGGAGCUAAGGCUGAUCUAUGGUCAUGUGGAGUGAUUCUCUUUGUCCUCAUGGCAGGGUACCUCCCAUUUGAAGAUUCGAACCUAAUGUCGCUUUACAAGAAGAUCUUCAAAGCAGAUUUCAGUUGCCCAUCCUGGUUCUCCACAAGUGCAAAGAAGCUCAUCAAGAAAAUACUAGAUCCUAAUGUUAACACUAGAAUAACUAUUGCAGAGCUUAUUAACAAUGAGUGGUUCAAGAAGGGGUAUCAGCCGCCCAGAUUUGAGACAGCAGAUGUUAAUCUGGACGAUGUGAACUCCAUCUUCGAUGAAUCAGGGGAGCCAGCACAGCUUGUUGUUGAGAGGAGAGAAGAAAGACCAUCAGUGAUGAAUGCUUUCGAGUUAAUCUCUACAUCUCAGGGCCUCAAUCUUGGCACACUCUUUGAGAAGCAAACGGGUCCUGUUAAGCGAGAAACAAGGUUUGCAUCAAGGCUUCCUGCAAAUGAGAUACUGUCGAAAAUCGAAGCAGCAGCAGGACCCAUGGGCUUCAAUGUUCAGAAGCGCAACUAUAAGCUGAAGCUGCAAGGGGAGAACCCUGGAAGGAAGGGUCAGCUGGCCAUUGCAACAGAGGUUUUUGAGGUCACGCCUUCGCUGUACAUGGUUGAGCUGCGCAAGUCCAACGGCGACACCCUUGAAUUCCACAAGUUCUACCACAACAUCUCAAAUGGACUGAAGGAUGUGAUGUGGAAGCCCGAGAGCGGCAUCGUGGAAGGCGAUGAGGUGCGGCAGAGGAGGUCUCCUUGUGCUUUCAGACUAAAGCCCAUGCCGAGCUCAGCGAAGGAGGAAAGGCCCAGUUGCCUUCGUCAACGCCGCCGCCGCGUGGAACGGAACGGAACGGAACGGAACGGGGAAUCAGCGGCGCGAGCCCACGGUAACCGGCCGCCUCGCCCGGCCGUCCCCGUGAAGUGCACGCGGGCCGUCUCGUUCCCCCAUCGAGUCAGACUCAGACCACACCACUCUGCCUGCCUGCGCUCGACCCCUGCGGCCCUCCCCGUCCUUGACCCGACCCGCCCCGGCGCGAGCGCGAGCGCGGCCGCGAUGCGCGAGGAGGUACGGAGCUCGUCGGCGGCGCCCCCCGACCCGCCGCCCGGGAGGUCGGCCUCGCCGCCGCCCACACCCGUCGCCAGUUCUGCUGGUGCCUCGUCGCCCCCUGCACAAACUAAUGUAGCUAGCAUAGAUUGGCUUGGCAGUGACCAAGUGCCCAAAGCGGGAUCCUCUCAUAUUGCUCCGCCGACAUCUCAGCCUGCGCUUAGUACUAACGCUAAUGGAGCUGCUGUGGAUUGCUUUCAGUCAUCAUGCAGACCGUGGGAACGAGGUGACUUGCUUCGUCGGCUGGCUACAUUUAAGCCUUCUACUUGGGCUUCUAAGCCAAAGGCUGCUAGUUCACUGGCUUGUGCUCGAAGAGGCUGGGUGAACAUUGACAUGGACAAGAUUGAAUGUGAAUCUUGUGGUGCACAUCUUAUAUUUACUGCUUUGACAUCCUGGUCCCCAGCUGAAGUUGCAAGUGCUGGGGAAGCUUUUGCUGAGCAGCUUGAUGCAUCACACCCGAAUGAUUGUCCCUGGAGAGGAAAUAGCUGUGCUGAUAGCUUGGUCCAGUUCCACCUAACCCCAUCAGCUCUUGUUGGUGGCUUUAAAGAUCGCUGUGAUGGAUUGUUGCAGUUCACGUCUCUUCCUGCUAUUGCCUUAUCUGCAAUUGAGAGUAUGAAACUCACUAGAAGCGUUCAAAUUGAUCGAGUCUUAUCCCAGUCAGUUACAAUUUUGUCUGGGGAGCUGGGCUACAGAACAGACAGUACAACGGGAAUUGAUAUUGUCCAACAAGAUGAAACCUGCUGCUACUCUCAAGCACAGAAACUUAUUAGCGUUUGUGGAUGGGAGCCUAGAUGGCUUCCUAAUGUUCAAGAUUGGGAAGAGAAUUCAACCCGCUCUGCCAGAAAUGCAGGCCCAGCUGAACCAGAUGGCCAAUUCCAUUCUCAAUUUCCUGAGCAUCAUCAAAAUUCAUACUCUGCGUCAGUUAAGAAAGACAAGGGGAAAGGUAAAAUGCGUGUCAAAGAUUCUGGAUGCAGCAUGAGAUCACCUUUGCUUGAUUGCAGCCUAUGUGGAGCUACAGUGAGAAUCUGGGACUUCAGAUCAGUGCCACGGCCUUCUCAUUUUAGUCUGAAUAACAUUGACAUGCCUGAUACUGGAAGGAAGCCUGUGUUGAUCCGCGGAAUUAGUGCUACAAGUGGUAUCAAUGGACUGGUUGCUGAAGGAGCAGAGAGAGAAAAUGUUGAGGGACGUGGUGAAGCAGGUAUUGAUGAGGGUAAGUCUCUGUCGAAUGCUCAAGUUGACUUAAACCUGACAAUGGCAGGAGGUUUGCCAUCAAACUAUUCUGCAUUGCCGCCGAUGCCUGGACAUCUCAAUUAUGGAGGAAUGGGAAGAGAUCUAGUUAUUGGGCAACCCACUGGAAGUGAGCUUGGUGGCCAUGCAGCCUCAUUUGAAUCUCGGGGCCCCAGUUCGAGAAAGCGUAACCUGGAGGAGGGUGGGAGCACAGCUGACAAGCCAAUAAACAGGCUUCAGCCUGCUGACAGCAUUGAGGGAACCGUCAUUGACCGUGAUUGUGAUGAAGUUGACGAUGCCGCACAGGAUUCUGGUGCUCGGAGCAAAAGGCUUCGUGGUUUUAAUCUUUUUGAUAUCAAUCGCCCAUCUUCUUCAGGAGCUGGUCCCAGCAGAAACUUAAGUUUGGACCUGGAUAUUGAUGUUAAUAAGUUUGAUACAUCUAAUGCUGAGGGUCCAUCUGCCCUUCACAACCCAUUUCCAAAGGACUCUAUGCGGGCGUCUUCUGUUAUUGCGAUGGACACAGUUCAUGGUAUGGAGGAAAAUUCAAUGGAGAGUGUUGAAUACCAUCCAUGUGAUGUUGAUGAUGUUAAUAAGCCUUCUAGUGCAAUCAGGAGCGGUGUAAUGAGUGACACAUUGGAUCUGAAUUAUAGCAACCAAGCACAGCAAAGCAGUUUUGUACAGCCUGCUGCUGAAACUGAAAGUAAUGCAAGGGACAUAGGAGGGAGUAGUAUGAAUGGAGGGGAAGAAGUCCUCAAUGCUGAAACAACUCCUGCAUUUGCUAGAGAUCAACUUAGCCUGGGAGUUAGUGGAGGGAGUGUCGGGAUGGGUGCUAGUCAUGAAGCUGAAAUUCAUGGGACUGAUGUUUCUGAGCAUAAAACUGGUAGCGUUGUUGGAGAUGCUGAUCCAGUUCCUGAGCUCAUUGAGACUAUGGGCCACACCGGUGAGUCAGCCCCUGGACCUGCAUUAAUGGAUGAGUUUGUCCCUGAAGAAGUUGGUCGAGAAGAUCCUAACGGUGAUAGCCAAGAUAUGGCAUCUCGGUUAGCAGUUCGAGCUGACAGUGGUUCUAAAAUUUGUGGUUCAACUAAAGCUGAUUCAGUUGAGAGUGGAGAGAAGAUGAGUCGUGAGAAUAGCGCACAUCCUUCUCUUUCUUGCAACGCAAGAGUUUAUUCUGGCAUUGAUGCAUCAAAAGAGGAAGUGACUGGUAUAAUGCUAACUAAUGAUGACUAUGAUCCAGGAAAUGGUCUAGGAGCAAUAAACGUAGAAAAUGAUUAUGAAACAGAUCUUCCAGACUUUGAUCCAAUACGGCACCACAACAAUUACUGCCCUUGGGUGAAUGGAAAUGUCGCUGCUGCAUGUUGUAUUAGUACUGGUUCGAGCACAGCUCUUUCAGGCUGGCAGCUCACGGUAGAUGCCAUCGAGACUUUGCAGUCUCUUGGUCAAGCUCAAAACCAGAACAUGCAGUCAGACUCUGCAGCUUCAUUAUAUAAGGAUGAUCACGUCCCACCUAGCCGGAAGCUGUUGAAAAGGGCAAACCACAGCAAGAGCUGAUCUUUGGAGCUUCACGCCAAGAGCAAGAUUCUUCUAUGCUCAUAGAAAAGUUGUCUUCUCCAGGCCCUAACCUGAGCAGGGGCAAUGGUUUGCGGUUUUGUGAACCCACCAUCUUGCCAAACUGUGUAGGGAAUGUCAGGUUGAUUGUACCUAUAUAUAUGUUAUGCUAUAUUUCGUCUCCUAAAGUCUGUAACAUGUAACUUCCCAUUUUGUUGAUGGUUUGUGCUACUGAAUAAUAUAGGCACAGACAACACAUUGUUAAUCAGUACAACGAUGAAUUUCAUA